AGACACUUUUGUUCGCAGCAACCAUGAAAUUCCUGCUGAUCGUCGCUUCCGUCAUCGCCGUGGCCGUCGCUGGCCCGACCCGCGCCCUCGUCACCCCCGGUGGUGGCUCCGCGCCCAUCGUGGAGGCUGAAUCCCCCAUCUCUGUCGGACCUGCCCUGAUUGAGAGCCCCAUCUCCGUCGGACCCGCCCUGGUUGUGUUCCCCGAGAGCCCCGUCGUCGUUGACACUCCCAUCGUCGGUGAAAGCCCCGUCUUCGCUGAGCUCCCCAUUGUUGUCGAUGCCCCCAUCGUUGACGCCAGCCCCGCUGCUGUUGCUCCCGUCGAGGCUGAGUCCGUCUCCUCUGCCGCCGCUCCCCUGGUUCAGAUCAUCCUGAACAUCAACCAGGCUGCCCCCGAGGCCGUCGUCGUGCCUGAGGCCCCCGCUGUCGUGCCAUCUCCCAUCAUCGUCGAAGAGUCUCCCGCCGUGGCUGAGCUCCCCAUCGUGGUCGACACCCCCGUGGUGGCCCCUGAGCCCGUCCAGGUCGUCGACACCCCCGUCGAGGCCCCCAUCGUGGUCGACACCCCCGUCGUGGUCGAGCCCGAGCCCAUCGAGCUCCCCACCCCCGUGCUGCCCGCCCCCGUCGAGGUCGCCCCCGUGGUCGUCCUCCCCGACAUCCUCAACUAAGCACAGCAGAGUUGUUGUUUAGGUAAAUAAGUGUUAGAUCCUAUUACCUUGCCGCAGUGGCUAUAAACUGUGCCGAGUGGUACUAAUGUAAAUAAACACUUUAUUUUGUA